AAUUCAGUCAAGUGCUCAAGAUUUUGGAUGUUUUGCAAAAAUAUAUAAAAAUGUUCACGUAUUUGUUAGGCUUAUUUGGUGAUAGGGAAUUAUAUUAAAAGGAUUUUGAUCAACUCAAUUGGAUUAACAAAUCAAAGUCAUGUUAAAAUCUAAACCGAUGUCUGUGUUUUCUAUUACUGUUACAAAUGUUACAAACUACACACUGCAGCACUUUGUGCUUUAAAUAAAACGUUCAGGGAUGAAUAGAUGUUUGCAACAAAUAAAUUUGCAUGCAAUUGCAUUUUGUUUCUUUAAAUAUUUUUACACAAUACAAAAAAGACAAUAACCAAAAAUAUGUGGUGAAGAAUUAUUUUGCCACUCUUUGUUUAGAUCAUCGUAGUUUUAAAAAGGUAAAUUUGUCUUAAUGUAAUAUUGCAAUUAGUCUUUAAUAAUGGGUUCGUAUAGAUUAAACGUCCAGGUCUGGGACAAGAAUAAAACAAUAAAAUCCAUAGGGCUACUACACCAAAGGCAUUUGUAAAUAAAAAGGCGAUUACUGCAACAAAACAGCUGUCCUGUAAGAGGCGCUGUGUGACAGUCUAUCCACAAUAUCCAUCUUCAGACAUUAUAUGUACAUUAUAGGUUUUGUUAGUAUUUUAUAAAAUGGAAAAAUAAAUAAUACAAUUAUUAUUAUUAUUAUUUUAUUGCUUAGCGUUUUUGGAUAAGCGGAAAAUUUAAGGAUUGCAUUCCCCCCCGUGAAAACUAUUUAAAAAGUCAGUUAAAAGUCCAAAUCGCACUACAUUUUGAACCGCUGCUACAACUGGUGCAUAUUUUCAGCUAAAAUCUUUAUCUUAUUGUGAUGGUCGUCAGUUAAACCGGAACGGAAUCAAAACCCAUUUUUUGUUUAGAUGUCACAGGGGCGAGUGAUUUAUUUACAGGCAAACACCGGCCACUAGGCGUCCUACGCGGCGCCUUCCUAAAAGCGAGUUGUUAAAAACCGUUAAAAUAUUCAAAAAACUAACCUUAAAACUUAAUAAUUAUCACACACGCUUAAAAAGGCUCAUGGCGUAACGAUAUGUGUAUACAAAUCUUAAAAGCACAAAACAUUUAAAACCAUAAGUUUUUCAAACUGUUUUGAUUUGUUUAUAAUCACCGAAACGCUAUGUUUUUGAUAGUUUAUUUUAAGACUAUUACAAAAUUACUUUCGGGGACAACCGGUUAGAAAAGUUGUCAGUCCCGUCCACAUUUCCGCUACGUGCGCCCCCUCCGCCUCCAAUCCCUCCCAUUUCCAACCACUUGCUUUUCCAGCUGCUUUGAGGUCAGUCACGGAUCCGUGAAACUGUCCGGCGAUCAGACCCACGGACGCGAGGAAAGGGCGCAGAAAAUCACGCCAGGCAUUAUGCUGCUCGGUCUGUCCAGAUCCGUCGGCGGGUGACCAAAAGACGGCUUGAAGGACCGGAUCGCCUCUUGCUGGAACGAGCCGUGGACAUUUGCCCGAGGAAAGGGUUACUUGUUUGGGAGGAAACUCUUCCCGUGCGCGCUGUGUUUUGGUCGCACCGACGGCGGAAUUACGUUCGGGAUCGUCGGGAACUCGGAAGAUGAACAUUCGCGGCGCUUGGCUUUCGGGAUUUUUUUAGCCUGGGCAACUUGCAAAAUCUCUGGGAUGCGCCGGCCGCUGUAGGGCGACCUGGAAAUCGGAAAAGCCUCCCCCCCCCAACCUCCCCAAAACAAGCCGGUUUGCAAAACACUCUCGUAACUGAACUCUUGAUAUAUAUCGCCGUUGAAAAUGUCGAAUCCACCUGUGAAGUUCAAAAAGGAUAAGGAGAUCAUUACAGAGUACGAGACCCAAGUCAAAGAGAUCCGAGCCCAACUGGUGGAACAGCAGAAAUGUCUGGAGCAGCAGACGGACAUGAGGGUCCAGCUCCUUCAGGACCUUCAGGACUUCUUCCGCAAGAAGUCCGAGAUCGAGAUGGAGUACUCGCGCAACCUGGAGAAGCUCGCCGAACGCUUUAUGGCCAAGACCAGGAGUACCAAGGACCAUCAGCAAUAUAAGAAAGACCAGAAUCUGCUGUCUCCGGUCAACUGCUGGUAUCUGUUGCUGAACCAGGUUCGACGGGAGAGCAAAGACCAUGCGACUCUGAGCGACAUUUACCUGAACAACGUCAUCAUGCGCUUCAUGCAGAUUAGUGAAGACUCCACGCGUCUUCUGAAAAAGAGUAAAGAAAUCACCUUUCAAAUGCAAGAGGAUUUGAUGAAAGUCCUCAACGAGCUCUACACGGUGAUGAAAACCUACCAUAUGUAUCACACGGAGAGCAUCAGUGCUGAGAGCAAACUGAAGGAGGCUGAAAAGCAGGAGGAAAAGCAGAUCGGCCGUGUUGGAGAUCCCGUCUUUCACAUCCGACUAGAGGAUAGACACCAGAGACGGAGCUCUGUGAAGAAGAUUGAGAAGAUGAAGGAAAAGAGACAGGCCAAGUACUCAGAGAACAAGCUGAAGUCGAUCAAAGCUCGGAACGAAUACCUGCUGACGCUCGAAGCCACUAAUGCUUCAAUCUUCAAGUAUUACAUUCACGACUUGUCUGAUUUAAUAGACUGUUGUGAUCUGGGAUAUCAUGCCUCUCUGAACCGGGCUCUGCGGACCUACCUCUCAGCUGAAUAUAACCUGGAGACGUCUCGUCACGAGGGCCUGGACAUCAUUGAGAAUGCAGUGGACAGUCUGGACCCCCGUAGUGACCGCCAGCGCUUCAUGGAAAUGUACCCUACCGCUUUCUGCCCGCCUGUUAAAUUUGAGUUUCAGCCACAUAUGGGAGAUGAGGUGUGUCAGAUCACGGCCCAGCCUCCAGUGCAAGCAGAGCUUCUCCUGAGGUUCCAGCAGCUUCAAUCUCGUCUGGCCACCCUAAAGAUCGAGAACGAAGAGAUCAAGAAGACCUCAGAGGCCACUCUCACUACUAUCCAGGACAUGGUGACCAUCGAGGACUAUGACGUGUCUGAAUGUUUUCACCACAGCCGCUCCACUGAAUCAGUCAAGUCCACCGUGUCGGAAACCUACCUCAGCAAGCCGAGCAUUGCCAAGAGACGCGCCAACCAACAGGAGACGGAGCAGUUCUAUUUCAUGAAGUUUCGCGAAUAUCUGGAGGGCAGCAAUCUUAUCACUAAGCUUCAGGCAAAGCAUGAUCUGCUGAAGAGGACCCUCGGUGAUGGUUACCGGCCUGAGUAUGCAACUACAAGGCCUCCCAGUCUUCCUCCUAAACCGUUUGGCACACAGAGGCCCAGGCCACGCUCUGUAUUUAACGUUAAGCUGUUUAAUGGCAAUUUGGAGUCAUUUGUUAAGGACUCUGGACAAGCAAUACCGAGAGUUGUUGAGAGCUGUAUUCGAUUCAUCAAUCUGUAUGGCCUUCAGCAUCAAGGAAUAUUCAGAGUGUCUGGAUCUCAAGUUGAAGUCAAUGAUAUCAAGAACUCUUUUGAGAGAGGUAAUGAUCCUCUGACAGAUGAAGAGAAUAACCACGAUAUCAACUCUGUCGCGGGAGUUUUGAAACUCUACUUUCGAGGUUUGGAGAACCCUCUGUUUCCAAAGGAAAGGUUUAGUGAUCUCAUCUCUUGUGUCAGAAUAGACAAUCUGUAUGAGAGAUCGCUGUAUAUACGAAAGCUCCUUCUGACUGUACCCAGAUCAGUGCUCGUGGUCAUGCGAUAUCUGUUCGCCUUCCUCAACCACUUGUCCCAGUACAGCGAUGAAAAUAUGAUGGACCCCUAUAACCUGGCCAUCUGCUUUGGCCCCACCCUCAUGCCCACUCCAGAAACUCAGGACCAGGUCUCCUGCCAGGCCCAUGUCAAUGAGGUCAUCAAAACCAUCAUCAUCCACCACGAGACCAUCUUUCCUGACGCGAAGGAGCUUGACGGCCCCAUGUAUGAGAAGUGUAUGGCAGGCGGAGACUAUUGUGAGAGUCCAUACAGUGAACAUGGAGCUCUCGAGGAGGUUGAUCAGGAUGGAGGAGCAGAGACCCACACCAGUGAGGAUGAGGGAGAGCCCAUUGAAGCCAUUGCUAAAUUUGACUAUGUGGGCCGUUCUGCACGGGAACUUUCCUUUAAGAAGGGUGCUUCUCUACUGCUGUAUCAGAGAGCGUCGGAUGACUGGUGGGAGGGCAGACACAAUGGCAUAGACGGCCUGGUGCCCCACCAGUACAUCGUGGUGCAGGAUAUGGAUGACACAUUCUCUGACACUCUGAGCCAGAAAGCAGACAGCGAGGCCAGCAGUGGGCAUGGAGGAGAGGAGAAAUGCUCCAGCAGAGACAUCGGAUCUCCGACAGACAGCAGAUUACCUGAUUCCUACAUCAGCAGCAGGCACAGGAAGAGAAGCGACCCCCCAACCCGCAGGCCUCCAGCUCGCCCCACCGACACCCACUGCUUGGUCCACCCCUCCCAGAGCCACCACGGCAGUCACGGCAACCCAGAUUUGGGAUCCCCAGUGAUGGGCCACUACAGUCCGCGGGACCUGCUGAGAGGAAGAGGACACAUGCCCAUGGAUAGCCCCGAGAGACGCAGACGGACCGGCCACGGCAGCCUGACCAACAUCAGCCGGCACGAGUCCAUGAAAAAGAUGGAGAGCCCUCCCAUCCGUAGGUCCACGUCUUCAGGCCAGUACACAAGCUUCUCCGAGCCUCACGGCAAGAACCUGGAUCCAGAGAGCAUCGCACAGGACAUAGAGGAAACGAUGAACACCGCUCUAAAUGAGCUGAAGGAGCUCGAGCGGCAGAGUUCAGCGAAACACGCCCCUGACGUGGUUCUGGACACCCUGGAGCAGAUGAAGAACGCUCCCACACCGGCCAGCUCUACCGAGUCCCUGAGCCAACUCCACGGCCUCCUGCUGCGACCCACCGUCACCGAGCCGCCCAUGCGCCGCAGCACCAGCUCCUCCAGCGAUACCAUGAGCACCUUCAAGCCCGCCGUGGCCCCGCGCAUGGGGGUGCAGCUCAAGCCCCCCGCCCUGCGGCCCAAACCCAUGGUGGCGAUACCCAAGACGGGGGCGGCUCAGCAUCCCGCGGCCCCUCCGCAGGAUCCACUGGACAAAUCCUGCACCAUGUGAUUCAUCGUGGGGCCAGACGUUCAGGGACAAAGAGGACCACUGCAGUCAGAGCCAGAUUAAUAGUGGAUUUUAUUGCCAUUUAACAUGGUGACGUGUGGUUCUUCACUUCACAAAGUGGACUAAAGCAAAUAUAGCUAACUAAAUACGUUACUGUGGUUAAUGAGGCAAUGGUAGUUAGCGUUUCUACAAUUCCAACACUAUUAUAGGGAUUAUUAAUAAACUAGAGUAACGUCGGUCACUACGCAUGGUUCCGUGGAAGAGUAGAGUUAGUUAAACAGGUGUUUACUAUUUCAGAGAGUUACAUUUAGUCGAACAUUUUUAGGUAUUCUAGACACCUGCGACUAACAAGAAAGCAGUUCAUUUGUUUGCAAAUACCGUUUGCAUGCUCGUCUCACACCUUAUUUUUUUCCCCGCAAUACUCUGUGUGAAUAGACUAAGGAGUCGUGACGAUAUUAAAGAAAGCAACAAAUCACUACAGCUUCCUACGGUAUGUCGUUAGGGUGACUUUUUGCUAUAUCAGUAGUUUACAUCCACUAGAAAAACUGCUAAAUGUGAAUAAUACGGAAACUAAGAAGGGUCUUUGGUUUCUCUGUUUACAACAUUAGGAUUGUGGGAAAUGCGUCUCUUUACAUCUCCGAGUGUUUUGUAGUCAGGACUCUUCGUGGAAUGUUGACGUUGGAAGCGCGCUGCCAUAUAAGGGCACGUGAUGUCACAUCUUUUGCCCGACCUGAUUGGCUGUCGAUGUUACAAGCGAUUCUAAGUUGUAUCAGCAAGGCUUUACUUUGAAUAUUAUAUUUUUGAUAGUAAUAUUUGAAUAUACGACCAGGGAGUUUGCAUAAACCACAUCCGCUUACGUCGUCGAAGAAACAUUUUCCUUGUUUGUUUUCUUAUUUAGAAAUAUAUAUUGUGUAUAUUUAUGUACAUCCACUAAACCUUUUUUUUUUUUUUUUUUUUUUUUUUUUUUUUUUUUAUUCGUCUUUAUGUUCAUUACUUUCUCCCAGGAACCAACUGCUCUCUAUAAACAAUAUUUUUGUAGUAUCUAUCUGCUUAAUUAGAUGUAAUCUGUGAAUAGUCAAAUCUAGCUGCCAAAAAAAAUUAAGUUCUUCAAGUGCUGCUUAGAGAUCGAUGCGGAUAGGCAACAAGAAUCUUUUCCUUGUCAGCUUAGCUUUCUAAAACGCGCGGCUUGGUUCUAUCCUAUAAGCAUGAACGAUAAUCCUUUUUAGUUGUCAUAUGCAAGUACUUUUCUAGAAACUUUUGAGGCAAUAUUUCUUGUUGGUUCACCAAACAAGGGAAUGAUGCCAAUAGCCAUGGACUCAGAGACUGUUACUGCAGUGCUUUCGUGGGAUAGUGCUGUUUUUAUGCGCGCUUUAGGCCCAUUAACCCUUCGUAGUAAUGUCACACACAGCACCGCACCCAAGUUAAGUAAGUCACGCGAGGUACCCAAAGAUAAAGAGUUAUGUACAGCAUUGGUGUAUUUGCACUCCAAAAUGAAAGAUCUGGGAUUUCGUAUACAGUAUAUCAAUCCGACGUUAUCUGUGCAUUGACAUCCACAUUAUUAUGGCAGUUUGCCUAUAGCUUAGCCUUUGUGUGUGCGCGUGUAUUUGUACUGUAUUCACUGAUAAUUAUACAACAGUUUAUUCAUAUUUAGGUAGGAUGUGCUAUGAAGUGUUUGGGUGAUGUUGCGAAAUUGUCUAUCAUUGAACAAAGGUGACAAACUACGUAACUUCGAGAAAAUUAAAAGCAAUGCCUGUUUUUAAACAUGUAAUUAUAAGGAACAUACUAAAGCCUUUUGAUUACCAAUUUAUAUUGAACGAUACUACGAACUUUUUUUUUUUUUUUUUCUUUGACUUUUUUUUUUGAGUGUACAUUAUAAGUAAGCCUUGAGAAAUGUUCUCCUUUCAAAACUACACACAGUAGCAGAAUCUCUGUACUUAAUUGCUGUUAUAUCAGUGUGUCCAUGUACAUCUCUGUACUAUGUACUUGUGAAAGUGCCUUUAAAAACUGUUUUAGAGGAACUUCAUUCAAACGUCCUCUGUGCCGUGGCAUUCUUAUUUCAGAUCCAGUAUAAUAAGUCGCUAGGGAUUAUGGUAAAUAAAUUAUUACUAACGUUGUUCUGUUUAAGUUGUAAGAAUGAUCAAAUAAUAAAGAUACUGCUUAUCCAUUGUGACAUUGCACUUUUAUGUGAGACUGUAUAUUUGGCAUGUAACAUCCUAACAAGUUGUAGAGCUCUUGGGGGACUGCUCCGUCUUUCUAAUAAAGAAUAUAGUUUGGUCAGUUCA